AUGGCGCCAGACAGCCCGCCGCUCGCGGGGUGGACGUCGCCGAGUCUCCCGCUGGCCUACCAACUCGAAACCAGUCUCUCGCUGCACAACACGCCCUCGCCGGAGCCCGCAGACCCUGUCUUUGAGCCCCGCCGACUCGCACCUAUCGAGACCCUCCCGCCCGAACUCGUCGAAGCGAUUGCCCGCGCCGUCUGUCGCCUCAACCCGAUCGGUCCCCCUUGCCAACUCGCCAACCUCCUCGUUCUGAGCAGGCGUUUCUACGACGUCCUCGGCCCGAAGAACGCCGGCUUCUAUGCGGAUCUGUUCAAGGAGCGUUUUGACGGCAGGAGCGUCGAGCGCAGGUGGGCUCAGAUGCGGAGGAUCGAAGAGAAGCGCGAGAAGCGGGCCCUCCUCGAGACCUUACCGGAGGUCAAGCCCGACACCGAACUCCAGCUCGACCCAGCCAUGAGUUUCACACGUCCUUCUAGCCCUUCAGACAUCCUACCCGACAACAAGUCGCCAUGGCGUCCCUUGACGAACAAGGACUACGCGGUCGAGUUCAAGCGACGAUGCACCGUCUUGACCAACAUGCGGAGGGCGGCGCAAAGCAACGCGAUUCCGCCGAGCAGCUCGAGGCCGAGCAGUCCAAGGCUGCAGGCGUUCACGCCAAAGAGCGGCAAGACGAAGCUGCCCGAGCCGGACGAGCUCACGCAGAACUUGUGGACUUGCUACCUCAUGCUGCUCGAGAAUGACGGCAAGAACCUGCGGCACCUCCUCGACUACGCGUACCUCCGCACCUACAUGCGCCUCUUCUACAACCACUCGCUCCUGACGGAAGCGCUCAAACCUGGUUGGCCGCGGCAUACGGCAGGCAGGGCUCUCGGCUUGUGGAUUGGAUGGCUUGGAGGCGACGACUUGUCGACCGAAACGCCGCAAGAAUCGGACGAACGAUUCUUCGUCCUCAAGCCUUACGUCUUUGCCGCUCACAAGUUCGACGCCUUCUUCGCGCCAUGGACGAUUCCCGCUCUUCCCGUCACUCGCGAGGAGUACCCUGUCCGCCCGCCACCAGAAGGCCCUUUCCUCGCCGACCUCCGCCCUCGCUCCUCUGCCCAGCUCAUCACCCACAUGGGCCGGAAGAUCGAGAUGUCUCCGCCCAAUCUCGCUCACGCCGCCAUCUUCUCCUUCUUCUUCCGUGUCGAGCAGGACCCGGCGGCGCAGAACGACAUGCUCGGCCAGCACGGAGCACCGGCGCAACACAUGCUCGGCGCGCAGGUCGCCAAUCUCAACCCGAACAACCCGCUCACGACCGCGACUCGCCCGACUAAGACCUCCCUCCCUAUCCUUGCCUCCCGCAUCCACGAUCACGACUUCACCCGCCUCGCCUCGUGCAUUGAUCCGUACAGCUCGCUCGGCUUGCCCAAGCUCUACACGCGCGGUGACUUGACGGGCAGCUGGGAAGGCCGCUUCUCGUUCUUCGAUUUCGACUCGUACCGCGACAUGCUUGGCGGCCGCAUGCGCAGUCUAUACGAGGGACCGUUCGGCGACCAGCCGCAGGUGUGGAAGCUCGAGGAGAAGGUCGUCAAGCUCGAGAAGGGGCAGAAGCCGGGCGGGAAGGGACCGCCCUUGAAUGCCGGCUUCGAGGUCGGGCAGCCGUUCCUCCCGCGCCCGAACUUGUCGUCGACUAUCACGCAGCCCGUCGCGUCGACCUCGACUGGCUCAACGGAGCGCGGGACGAGCAGGAGGCGGACUUCACUUGACAUUGCCGGCGGAGUCGAAGUCCCGCGGGCGGCGAAGCGGGCUCGCAGCUGGAGCGAGCACACGGCGUUCGAUGAUCUCGAAGAGGAGGAGGAAGACGAUGACCCGGAGGGAGACUACGAAAUUCUGCUCACCGGGACGGGACACUCGGCUUGGGGACAGUUCAUCUUGAAGGGAAGGGUGCGGGCGUGGGAUGGGAUGUUUUCAAUCAUCAAGGAGUACACGCCCGACAGUCGCGGCAGGUGGAUCUAUCGAGGGAUGGUGGUCGGCGGGAACCUGGUCGGUCGAUGGAGGGACACUCAUACGCCACUCGAGCUCAACGGAUACGAGGGAACCUGGAUAAUGAGCCGCAGGUCGUGA